GAGGCCGGACUCAGACACACGGCAGAGCUCUGCUUGAAGCAAAAGGAAAACUGUGCUUAUAGCUGCCUGAACAUCUGUACCAACUAUCAUGUCCAACUCGCCUCCUGUCAUGGACCAUCAAAGAUCAGUGGAGGAUGGAAAGGACACGGCGUCUACUGAGGACUCCCUCACCACACAAAGCAGCCACACCGACUCUGAGACCAUCUCUCCCACACACGAGCGCACACAGCACCCAGCGGGACACAUGGACCGGGCGGACGUGGACAGUCUGGGCCAACUCUUCGAGCACUGCAUCCAGCAAGUGUCUCGGCUGGAGAAGCAGAGAGACGAGCUGAUCCAGGAGCUCCUUCUCCUGCAGGAGCCCAUGCAGCGAGUCGUGGAGCACCUGAGAGGGAGGCUGGCGGGAACGAGGAAGCUGCUCACCCUGGCUCAGCUGGAUUAUAUCGCCGUUUACGAGGAAGUGCAGCAGGUGAAGAGGAAGCUGUUCGCCACGACCAGAGACUGCAUCCAGAGCCAGGUGACGCUGGCCGCACACGAGUACGAGGUGGCUCAGUCUGACGUGACCAAGGAGGAGCUCAAGGCCCAUAUCCAAAGUCUGACCCAGGAGCUGUCCCAGCUGCAGGAGGCCCAUCAGAACCAGCUCAAUACCCUCAGGGACCAGGCCACUAAGCUCUGCAGGCCCAGGGCCAUGAGCGACGUAGGCCAGUGCCGCCAGGCUUCCGUCAGGCUGCAGAGGAGGCUCAGCGGCAGCGUGAGGGCGCUGGAGGGCUGGUACGAGCCCCGCCUCACGGCCCUGCUGAGGAGAAGGCAGGCGGGUGAGGAGGCCUUGAGGAGGAGCAGGGAGCAAGCGAUGGACCUGAGAGCCAGUCUGCAGCCUCUCAGAGAGGACAUACAGAGACUGGAGGUGCAGAGGUCCUGUCUGGAGCAGAGGAUCACGCUGAUGGAGACCGAGAGGAAGGACAGCAUCGCACAACACAAGGAGACUGUGGAGAAACUAAGAGAGACCCUGAAAGAACUGAAAGUGGAGUUUGAAGUUCAAAGAAAAUCUAAGAAGGUUUUAGAGGAUCUUACAGACGGCCUCUCAACAGAGCUGACAUUUCUGAGAGGCAGUGAUGAACCAAGAGAAACUAUUGCAGAGGAAGAACCAAACUGUUCUUAACCAGCCAAGCUACAUCUGACCAAACAGCACUGCAUUUGCAUUUAAUGGAACAGAAAUAACUAGUAGAACAUGCAAAACAAUGCAAACUUGGGAGAUAUGUGCUACUACAGUCCUAUUAUUCAUAAUUUAAAGGAUAUUAUUCUUACGUGCAACUUCUACCUGCCAAGAAACAACAGCAGCUUUACUGUAAAUAUUUUUAUUAUGAAUAUACUUAAGUACACAAGAGAUCAGAUGCAGCACAGAAAAACAAAAUGCAGAGAAAACAAAA